GUUUAGCUGUAUCAUAGCAACAGCAGAGGGGGCGGAUGCAGUCUCGUGGGACCUGGUCUCCAUGGUUUCAGCGGACACAGUUGAUAGCAAACUGCGGUAAAAGUUUUCUAAAACAAGUUGGAUUACACGAAAACAGAGACCCUGUGGUUAAGAUUCUUGGUAGGAGCUUUGCCACUGCCUUGGAGAGAGAAAACACCCAAGCUGAUACACUAGGUCUGGUAGACAAGGUGAAAGACCCAUCCAAGGACUCCGAAACCAAAGUGAAGCUGUGUCUCUUGCUCCAAAAUAUGGACAAACCGAUCCUCAGCAAGCUUCGUGAAGAAAUCUCUGAAAAAGUCAGUCUUGACCCCACUGCAGUAAAGAAUGAAGUGGAGUUGUUGAAGCAGCUCUGCAGUGAAGGGGAAAAGAGGGUGUUGAAGUCGCUUCGGUACACAUCAGAUUUUGAAUUUUCAAAUGGCUACCGCACCCCUCUGUGGAGGCAGGCACAUGGUGAUAUUUGUUACCUUGUGAUUGAGCCUUGUGACACAGAGACCCUCUACAUCACCUACAGCACUGCCGGAGUUUUUCUUAAUGAGGGCAUAAAACAGGAGGGGGAGGAGAGUGGCUACGAGCGAACAAGUGAUGUGUACGCAGACCUGGUCACACUGCUGAAGAGCAGAUCUCCACAUUUUGCCGAAAACAUGAACAAACAGCAGGACUUUGCAGAAAAACCUCCAUCAACACAUAAGUGUCAGCAUGUGGAAUCGGUUGAUGGAGAGGAACAAGGCCAACCCCAGAGGUCUUACGAGCAACAGAAAAAGAAUGUGCAUGAGAAGACGAUGCAUCAGCAUAAGGCAUUCAGCAGGAACAGAUAUGGAUCACCCUGUUUUGAUCUCCUGUCUAUGUACCGGAAGACCUCAGCAGGAGCCAUCCCAGUGGAACAUGAGAGUUCAACUGAGAGUGAGGAGGAGGAGGAGCAGCCAGCGCGCCGUCCAGAGGGGAGCACAGUUCAGCCUCCUGAUUACUUUCAAAUCCAGAACCUGGUCAAGUACCUGGAGGUAGGCGACCAGAAAGCCACAGUGCUUGCUCUUUGUGCCAUGAUGGACCUUAAUUUGAUGGAAGAGACAUGCCAACUGGCCAUCCGGGACCUAGGUGGCCUUCAAAUCCUCCUUAACUUGCUGGAUACAAAAGAAGUCAGAUGCAAAAUUGGAUCUCUGAAAAUCCUUCGAAAGAUGAGCCACAGCAUGCAAAUCAGUCGGACCAUUGUUGACAUGAGAGGCCUGCAGAGACUGGUGAAAACACUGGAGUCGCCAAAUAGGGACCUCCAGGCCUUAUCUGCUGAGACCAUUGCUAAUGUGGCCAGAUUCCACAGAGCAAGAAAAAUCGUCAGGAAUUUAGAUGGUAUCCAGAAACUGGUAAAGCUACUGGACUGCGGGACUCCUAAUUUAGCCCAAGUAAGUGCAAACCAGGAGAAGGAUGUCGAGGUGGCUCGCUGUGGAGUCUUAGCGCUGUGGAGCUGCAGCAAGAGUAGGAAGAACAAGGAGGCCAUUCGUAAGGCUGGAGGUAUUCCUCUGCUGGGACGCCUGCUCAAAUCUCCACAUGUGAACAUGCUUAUCCCUGUGGUGGGCACCCUGCAGGAAUGUUCCUCAGAGGAAAGCUACAGGAUUACCAUUCAGACUGAAGGCAUGGUUAAGGAUUUGGUAAAAAACCUAAGAAGUGAUGAUGAUGAGCUACAAAUGCAUUGUGCCAGUGCAAUCUUUAAGUGUGCAGAGGAAAAGGAAACUCGUGAUCUGGUACGCAAAUACAAAGGUCUGCAGCAACUGGUUUCCUUGCUGGACAAAGCGCACAACAAGCAGCUUCUGGCUGCUGCCACCGGCGCUAUUUGGAAGUGUUCCAUCAGCACGGACAAUGUGGCUGAAUUUCAGAAGCACAACGCUCUGCAGACCUUGGUUGGUCUGUUAACUGAUCAGCCUGAAGAAGUGCUGGUCAAUGUAGCCGGGGCUUUGGGAGAAUUUGCCCAGGUACCUGCUAUCAAGCCCACCAUUGGCAAGUGUGGAGGCAUCAAGCCACUAGUUAACCUACUCAUUGGAACAAACCAGGCGCUGCUUGUAAAUGUAACUAAGGCAUUGGGUGCCUGUGCCACAGAUAAGGAUAACAUGGCAAUCAUUCAGCAGCUUGAUGGAGUCCGCCUGGUGUGGUCACUGCUAAAAAAACCCAGUCCAGAUGUUCAAUCCAGUGCUGCGUGGGCCCUUUGUGCAUGUAUUGAGAAUGCAAAGGAUUCAGGGGAAAUGGUGCGCUCCCUUAUCGGUGGAUUGGAACUUAUUCUUAAUUUACUGAAAUCAACAAGCAACGAGGUGCUGGCAAGCGUUUGCGCCGCCAUCGCCAAAAUAGCCAGAGACGAGGAAAAUCUGACACUCCUCACUGCUCUCGGGGUUAUCCCAUUGCUGGCCAAGCUGACUGACACAACUGAUGACAGGCUCCGUCACCACCUGGCUGAGGCGAUCUACUAUUGCUGCAUGUGGGGGAACAAUAGGGAAUCCUUCGGUGAAGCUCAAGCCGUAGCUCCUCUGGUGCGUUUCCUUAAAUCAAAAGACACUGCGGUCCACCUGAGCACAGCCAAGGCCCUGUACCAGCUGUCCUGGGUCCCCGAAAAUAUCAUCACCAUGUACAAGAGAGGAGUGAUGAAGCCCCUCAUGCAAAUGAUGCUGUCUGAUGUCGAGGAACUCCAGGAAUAUGCUGCCCUCUGUGUGCGCAACAUCCGAAAACUGCGCAUCGCGAACAUAUAUGGAUAAAUUGUAUAAAGGUUGUAUCUGUUUUAUAUGGAACUUAAGUAUUGCAUAUGAGAGUCAAACCAUUUUGCUUAGCUUAGUAUCAGAUUACAUAAAUUGCAUUUUAAAAUAAAGCACAAAUGGCAAUACUCCAUUUUUACAUGUCACAACUGACCAUUGUCAUUGUCACUUUGAAUUUACUGAUAACAUACAAUGCAUAAUAUUUCAUGAGAAUAAAUGUAUUUUGGGCAUCA